AUGUCCAAGUUCAUUCCACAUUCGCUUGGUUUGGGUGCUUUUGGCGUGGCUUCCUUCUUCUGGGGCCGCCUGAGCCAGCCUAAUCCUACUCCUACUGAUAACAAGGGUCCUUCUGGUACUAGUCCUAACUUACCGGUUCCAGGAAGCACUCCAGGAGGUGUUUCCCAGGUUUCCGUGUCGCCAGAGGCGUUUUAUAAAUUCGGGUUUCCUGGUCCAAUCCAUGAUCUUCUGAAACAUAGCGAGUUCAUUUCGUGCUACGAUAGAGCUACAAAGAAUCCAUACUGGAUCUUGGAGCAUGUUACUAAAGAGUCUAUCAGCCGUAGCCAGGGCGUGGACAGAAAGAAGCUGGUUUUCAAGGAAGAUGAAAGUAUUCCACUCAAGUUCCGUGCUCGUCUUCGAGACUAUUUCCGUUCUGGCUACGAUAGAGGCCACCAGGCUCCAGCUGCUGAUGCUAAGUUCCUGCAACAGGCUAUGGACGAGACGUUCUUGCUUACGAACAUGAGUCCUCAGGUUGGAGACGGCUUUAACCGUGACUACUGGGCCCAUUUUGAAGAUUUCGUGCGUAGACUUACUGGCCGUUAUGAUGAUGUUCGUGUUAUGACUGGUCCAUUGUACUUGCCUAAGAAAUGCAGCGACGAUAAGUAUAGAGUGACGUAUGAGGUGAUUGGAUCUCCUCCAAAUAUUGCCGUUCCUACGCAUUUCUUUAAGCUUGUGGUUGGUGAGGUUAAAGGUAGCGAUAAGUUGGCUGUGGGUGCAUUUGUGUUGCCUAACCAGGUUAUUCCUAACGAAGAGCCAUUGACGAAUUUCCAGGUUCCAGUGGAAGCUCUUGAAAGGAGCUCUGGUCUUGAAUUGUUGCAGAGAGUGCCUUACUAUAACAAGAAGGACUUGUGUAAGGAAGUCAAGUGUGAGAUCAUCGUGAGGGAGUUCCCUAAACAGGUUUCCAAUACCUUGGCCUUGCCAGGAAAAUAA